AUGGAAACUCUGAGGGGGAAGUACAUAACUGAAAGAAAGAAAGAAAAAACGAAAACAAAAAGGAAAGAAAAUAAAAUAACGGAAGAGAGAAAAUAAUAAUAUCACUCGAAUUUCCACAGUUCCUCUCUCUCUCUCAUUUCAUGUUGAUUUAGCCCUUAUUUGACUUCAUCGUCUUCUUCCGCCUACGCGCCGCCGUUAGACGCCGACUCGGCAGUAACGGCAACCGCCGUGGUGUUGGUCGUCUUCGAAGGCUCGUUUCUCUCUGUUAUCUGAGAUCUGGUUUGAUCCGUUGAAGGAAAAAAAAAAAAGAAAUGAUGGCAACAAGCAAGACGGAUCAAAAAGCGGCUUUAGACAUUGCAUCAUGGCUAUUCAAUGUUGUUACUUCCGUUGGAAUCAUACUCGUUAACAAGGCCUUAAUGGCUACUUAUGGCUUUAGUUUCGCUACGACGCUAACCGGUUUGCAUUUCGGAACAACCACAUUGUUGACAACAUUCUUGACAUGGCUUGGUUAUAUCCAACCAUCUCAGCUUCCCUGGCCCGAUCUCCUCAAAUUCGUUUUGUUCGCAAACUUCUCAAUCGUUGGGAUGAACGUCAGCCUCAUGUGGAAUUCUGUCGGAUUCUACCAGAUUGCGAAGCUGAGUAUGAUCCCAGUAUCUUGUCUGCUUGAAGUUGUUCUUGACAAUGUCAGGUAUUCAAGAGAUACGAAGCUUAGCAUUUUGCUAGUUCUUGCUGGUGUUGCCGUCUGUACUGUGACCGAUGUUAGUGUCAAUCUCAACGGAUUUCUCGCUGCCGCCAUUGCUGUCUGGAGCACCGCGCUUCAGCAAUACUAUGUACAUUAUCUGCAACGGAAAUAUUCGCUCGGUUCUUUCAACUUACUGGCGCAUACCGCUCCAGUACAAGCUGCAUCGUUGUUGUUGGUCGGACCAUUUCUAGACUACUGGUUGACUAACCAAAGAGUGGAUGCAUUCAACUUUUCAUUUAUAUCACUGUUCUUCUUAAUUCUCUCGUGCAGUAUCGCGGUCGGGACCAAUCUCAGCCAAUUCAUAUGUAUCGGAAGAUUCACGGCGGUUUCUUUCCAAGUACUUGGUCACAUGAAGACAAUUCUGGUUUUGGUUUUGGGAUUCACUUUCUUUGGUAAGGAAGGUUUAAAUCUACAAGUAGUACUUGGAAUGCUCAUUGCGAUCCUUGGUAUGAUCUGGUACGGUAAUGCAUCUUCUAAACCGGGCGGUAAAGAGCGUCGAAGCUCCUCUAUUCCCAUAACCAAGGCGCAGAAACUCAACGGUUUGUCUGAAACGACCGAGUCUGAUGAAAAGGUCUAAAAGAACCAAGUAAUUGCAUUGACAUAGAAACAAAAACAAGAAACUCAGAUACAAAACAGGUAGAAAGUAUCAAAUGGGAUCUUUAUAAACAAGGGGAUUUUAAUUAUUUAAUUUCCAGAACUAUAAUUUUAUUUUCUUACAGAAGCUUUUUGUUUUCUGCAUUUUUGGUUAAUCCUUUUUUGGCCUUUGCAUUUUGCUUUUUUUUUUUUUUUUUUGCCUAAUUCUCCCAAAAGAAACAUCAUCCAUACGACUGAUAAUAAAAUCUCGAUUUUUAU